AUGGACAACAAGCAUAUUUCCUUCGCAAGCUUUGGCUUGGUGGUGCUUGACGAAAUUCGCUUCCCCAAGCGGAAACCUUUAACCAAUGUACUGGGUGGGUCCGGAGCCUACGGUUGGUUUUGCCUAUAUUUCGAUUUAAACAACCAGAUUUCUGAUCGAUUUGUGUUUCUAGCGACUCUAGGUGCUCGGUUGUUUCUGCCCUCUCCACUGAGCCGCUCCUUGGCCUGGCCAAUCCGUAUUGGAAAUGACUUUCCGGACCCCAUUGCAGAACUCUUGCAUAGCUGGGAUACAAAUUUGGUGAUAACAAACGAACCAGACCAGUCCUCGACUCGAGGCUUACUAGAGUAUCAAGAUACCACAUUCGGACCGAAGAAUUUCAAGUACACUACGCCGAUUCUUGCAAUUCAAGAAAGCAAGUUAUCAGGCACCGCCUUGCUAAGUUCGAAAGUCUAUCACUAUCUCGCCAGUCCCCAAGAUAUGAGAAAGCAUUUUCUAAACAUACUCAGUCUUCGAGAGCAGGCGGGUAUACAACAUCGUCCUCUGAUUAUAUGGGAACCGGCUCCUCUUUCAUGCAAGCCGGAGAACCUCCAAGACUGUCUAGAGGCUGCAGCUUUAGUCGACGUGUUUAGUCCAAACCACUUAGAGCUGGCUGCAUUGUUUGAAAAUACUGCGGCUACUUCUGAUAGAACUGAAAUUGAAAGGCUAGCUUUGAAAUUACUAGCCAAUGGAGUCGGCCUAGAAGGAAAGGGUACGGUGAUUAUUCGAGCUGGUGAAAAUGGCUGCUUUGUUCAAUCAAGCAACCUCAUUUCCAAAUGGCUACCUCCAUUUCACAUGGCAGGGACUGGAGAAGAGCAGGCUACCAAAGUGGUUGAUCCGACUGGGGCCGGAAACGCAUUUCUGGGAGGCUAUUCUGUCGGGCACCUCCAAACUGGAGGUGAUAUAAUUCAGGCGGCUUGUUAUGGGUCUGUCGCAGCAUCGUUUGCAGUAGAGCAAGUAGGAAUGCCGGAGAAGAGGAAUGAAGGAGAUGAAGAAUUAUGGAAUGGGGCUAGCGUUCUUGGAAGAUUGAAUGAAUAUAGGGCUAGGCAAGAAUCCACCGGCUCAAGAUAA